ACUUAUCAUAGAGAGAAGAAAGAGGCAAGAGCAGCAGAUCGCCUCCUCAUUGUACACUGGGCACCAGACAGAGGACACUGGCAGAAAAACACAAUGAUUGGCGCGGUAGUAGUAGGACUUGGUAUUGCUGGUUCUGUGAGGAUCAGAGACCUUCUUAAGCCAUUGCCGUCCAGUCCAUCAGAAAAUCUGAAACUUGUUGGUUUUGUUUCAAGGAGGGACCUUGGGGAGUAUAAUGGUGUGAAGCAAAUUGACCUGGAAGAGGCAUUAAAGAGCAGUGAUGUUGAUGCUGCUUUUAUUUGCACGGACAAUCAAAACCAUGAGGAAAGUAUAAGGCGCUUUCUGGAAGCAGGAAAACAUGUUCUUGUUGAGUACCCAAUGGCUCUCUCUGCACAAGCCGCACGUGAAUUAUGGCAACUAGCAGAACAAAAAGGUAAAGUCUUGCAUGUUGAGCACAUCGAGCUUCUUACAGAGGAAUACAAAGCACUGAAAAAAGAAGUGAAUGGGAAGACACUUGAGGAAGGAGUCCUCCAUUUCACAGGUGGACCUCUAGAUAAGCAGCGUUCAGGAUUCACUGCAUUUAGUGGCAUAGCCCGGGCGACCUGGCUGGUUGACCUUUUUGGAGAGUUGACUGUUACCUCUGCUACCCAAGAAGAAAAUCCAGGAGAAAAUUACUCUAAACUCACUGCACACUUUGUUACAGCAAAUAACAAGCCAAUAACUUGGAUUGAAGAAAGAGACCCUGGCAUGAAGAGAGAGAAAAAAGUCAACUUUAAAUUUACAAACGGAGUUCUAGAUAGCUUGCCUCCAGCCAGUAGAGGGUCUGUUGGGCCAUUUAUGCAGGAUCAGAACCUUUUUGCACAAAAGCUGUUGGGUCAAGUAUCUAAAGAAGAACUGGAGGCUGAGAAGAAACGCAUUCUCCAAUGCAUUGACUUAGCCGAGAAGAUUAAGCAGUAUUGUAAGCACUGAGACAGUGGUUGUAUUAACUUUUACUGAGGGUAUUGAUGGUUUCUGCUCAAUGAUAUUAUACAUUUAAGGUUUCUUGCACUUAUGAUUCCUACAGACACAAAAUAAUAAGGUAGCCAAAAAAGCUUAUUGGGCAUUGUCUGUGAUGAUCCUGUGGAUUCCCCCACAGGUUGAUGAGUGUUUUUUUAUAGUACACAGCUAUGCAAUAGGUUUCUAUAAAGAAAAAGAAAAUUUGGAGUUCAUGUGAUGCCUUUUUAUUAACUAACUUAAUUAAAGGUGCAAGCUUUUGGUGCCACGUUCUCUCCCUUUUUCAGGCUUUGUACACUUCUGAAAAAUGGUUCUAAAUCCCACAUAGUUAUAAGGAGGAACAAUUUAAAAUAAAGGGUACCACAUAUACUCCAAACUUUUCACAUGAUGCAAUACACUUCUAUUAUGGAGCAAAGGGAAGGACUUUAAUCAUAGAUACUUAACAACUUUUCAUUGGCCAAACCACAAAGUACAUUGUAGUUGUCUUCAGGAUGGACAGAUAAAUGUAGUCUUUCUCACUGAAGAACUCCAGACUUCCUUUCACUUUAAAUACUUUGUUUGGGCCAGCUUGGUUAAAACAAGUUCUUACUGUGCCUGAAUGGUAUAGAUAUUGCUGAAAAUCCAAAUUUUGGAGGCACUAAGGACUUUCAUGGUACCACUAUAAUCCUAACACUAAAAAGAAUUUAAAACCACAUUUUGUUACAAUCUAUAAAAUCAUGAAUACAUUAAUCGAACAGAAAAAAAAA